AUGCUCAGGCAGACAGCGACAGGUGUCGGGCGCCACCGGGUGCGUCCCCUCACAGGCCUGAUGGACGAUGAGGACAUCAAGCUCAUGCUGAAGGGCUCGCUGCUCUGGAAGAUCAAGUCGCCGCGGCGGGCCAAGGAGCGUCUGUACCGCUUGCAGGAGGACGGCAUGACCAUCUGGUUCGAGAGGCGCUUCCGGCGCCCUCACUCCAAGCAGAUCUGGACAGGCUGCCAGGCACUUUCCUUACCCGGGCGUACCUGGAUCCACGAUAUCCUGCAGCGAGCCGACAAGAACAAGGACAACAAGAUGUGUUUCCGCGAGAUCAAGAACAUGCUCCGGAUGAUCAACAUCAACAUGAAUGACAUCUAUGCCUACAAGCUCUUCAAGGAGUGCGACCGGUCUGGCGACGAGCGCCUGGAGGAGCGCGAGGUGGAGGAGUUCUGCCGGCGCCUGCUGCAGCGGCCGGAGCUGGAGGAGAUUUUUUGGCGCUACUCGGGUGAGGACUGUGUGCUGUCGGCCGAGGAGCUGCGGGAGUUCCUGCGUGACCAGGGCGAGGAGGCCAGCCCGCAGCACGCCCAUGCCAUCAUCCACGCCUACGAGCUGAAUGAGAAAGCCAAGCAGCAGGACCUCAUGAUGCUUGAUGGUUUCAUGAUGUAUCUGCUCUCUGCCGACGGGGACAUCCUCAACCAGGAGCACACCAAGGUGCACCAGGACAUGAGCCAGCCCCUGUGCCACUACUUCAUCUCCUCCUCCCACAACACCUACCUGACCAACAACCAGAUCGGUGGCACCAGCAGCACUGAAGCCUACAUCAGGGCGUUCAUGAAGGGCUGCCGCUGCGUGGAGCUGGACUGCUGGGAGGGCUCCAACGGGGAGCCCAUCAUCUACCAUGGCCACACGCUCACCUCCAAAAUCCUCUUCCGUGACGUCAUGGAGAGCAUCCGCGAUUAUGCCUUCAAGCAAUCACCCUACCCUGUCAUCCUGUCCCUGGAGAACCACUGUGGGCUAGAGCAGCAGGCCACCAUGGCCCGUCACAUGAAGGCAAUCCUGGGGGACAUGCUGCUGACGCAGCCACUGGAGGGGCAGGGCCCCAGGGGCCCCCCCGGGCCAGCCCUGCUGAAGGGGAAGAUCCUGGUGAAAGGGAAGAAGCUGCCAGACCUGCAGCAUGAGCCUCAGAGCAGCAGCUCCCUGUCAGACAAUGAGGAUGAGGAGGAGGAGGAAGAGGAGGAGGAGGAAGAGGGACUGCAGGAGAGAAGCAGCCGGCGGGAUGCUUCACAGGUGGCCCCGGAGCUCUCUGCCGUGGUGGUAUACUGCCAAGCCGUGCCCUUCCCUGGCCUGGCCCAGGCCCUGCGUGACCCACGGCCCUGCGAAAUGUCAUCCUUCAGUGAGAGGAAGGCUCGGAAGCUCAUCAGGGAGGCAGGUGAGGGUGAGGGGAUGGACACUGGUCCUGGGCUUGGCCAGGACGCAGGGCAACCAUGAGGUGGGGUGAACUGGGAUGCUCUGGGCUGUCGCCAGGUCUGUUCUGACGGCUGAUGCUUGGGAU